CCACACAUCCUUUGUGCUACUAAUACCAAAAACCAUUGUUAGCUCCCCUCAAACUAACAAAAAUGUCACCGAAAAAUGGCGACCACCAUCGCAGCACUGCACUUAGACGCGUUCCUACACCGGGAAAGGCAACACUGCUCGCAAUCGGCAAGGCUUUCCCAAGCCAACUCAUCCCUCAAGAAUGUCUCGUCGAAGGCUACAUUCGUGACACCAAAUGCGACGAUCCCGCCAUCAAGGAGAAACUCGAACGAUUAUGCAAAACGACAACCGUGAAGCGCAGGUUCACCGUGCUGUCCAGGGAGAUACUGGACAAGUACCCGGAGCUGGCGACGGAAGGUUCCCCGACGAUCAGGCAGAGGCUGGAGAUCGCGAACCCGGCGGUGGUCGACAUGGCGGCGGAUGCCAGCCUGGCGUGCAUCAACGAAUGGGGGCGGCCGGCCGCCGACAUCACCCACCUCGUCUACGUGUCGUCCAGCGAGAUCCGCCUCCCCGGAGGGGACCUCCACCUCGCCACGCGCCUCGGGCUGCGGAGCGACGUGGGGCGCGUGAUGCUCUACUUCCUCGGCUGCUACGGCGGCGUCACGGGGCUACGCGUCGCCAAGGACAUCGCCGAGAACAACCCGGGCAGCCGCGUCCUCCUCGCCACCUCGGAAACCACCAUCCUCGGCUUCCGCCCGCCGAGCAAGUCCCGCCCCUACGACCUCGUCGGGGCGGCGCUGUUCGGCGACGGCGCCGCCGCCGUGGUGGUGGGUGCCGACCCGGUGGAAGGGAAAGAAGAGGGGUUCAUGGAGCUGAGCUACGCGGUGCAGGAGUUUCUUCCGGGGACCCACGGGGUGAUCGACGGGCGGCUGUCGGAGGAAGGGAUCAACUUCAGGCUCGGCAGGGAUCUGCCGGAGAAAAUUGAAGGGAACAUUGAGGAGUUUUGUAGGAAAUUGAUGAGGAUUGGGGGUUUGGGCGAUGGGGUUGGGUUUAACGAGCUGUUCUGGGCGGUUCACCCGGGUGGGCCGGCGAUACUGAACCGGUUGGAGGGCACGCUCGGGUUGGAGGAAGGGAAGCUGGAUUGUAGCAGGAAGGCGUUGAUGGAUUAUGGGAAUGUGAGCAGCAAUACGAUCUUUUAUGUGAUGGAGUAUAUGAGAGAAGAGCUGAUGAAGAAGAGGAAGGGAGGAGAAUAUAAGGAGAGUGAAGAAGAAUGGGGGUUGGGAUUGGCUUUUGGGCCAGGAAUUACCUUUGAAGGUGUUCUUCUUCGUAGUCUGUGAACCUUAAGUUUGGAUGAUGAUCGAUAUGCAGAAGUUAUGAACUUAUUAUUAUGAACUAAAUAAUGGAACUGUAAUUUUUUGUUUAUUUUUACUGUUUCAUCAGUUUCUUAUGAGGUAAAAGAUUCUCUUUUUGUCAAACUAGCUUAGCCGCUUAUAAACAA